AUGCGCGUCCCCUACGCCCCAAGCGAGCCUCCAAAUGAAGAAGCCCGCCCAGUCUACGAGCGCAUCGCCGAGCGACGAAAGCCGCGCCCCCUCAUCCCACUCGAUCUGGCGCUCCUACAUAACCCCGCGGUAGCAGACGGCUGGAACUCAUUCAUCGGCGCAAUCCGCACGCAAACCAGCUUACCAGCCAAUUUGAAAGAACUAGCAAUAAGCCGCAUCGCAGUGCUGAACCACGCAGUCCACGAGUGGGAUGUACAUGCCGCUCUGGCACUGAAAGCAGGAGUGUCCAAAGAAGUACUUCAGACUAUCUUUGAUUUACCUGUUACAAAACAUGGGAUGGUGGAGAGAGAGGGGCUGUUGGGGUUCAGCAAGGAGGAGUAUGCAGUUAUGGUUUAUACGGAUCAGAUGACUGUUGGUGUGCAGGUUGAAGACAUGGUUGCGGAGAUGGUCAAGGGCGUGUUGGAGGAUACCAUGGUUGUGGAGUUGACGGCGACGGUUGCGGCGUAUAAUGCCGUGAGCAGGUUUUUGGUCGCACUGGAUGUGGGCGAGUGUAAUGACAGGGCGAUGAAGUGUGUCAAGGAUCUUUGA